AUGAAAUCCUUUAAUCUUUUUUCAUGACACUGUUUAAUAUUAAUAAGAGAAAGGAAAAUCUGUGCUUUACAAAAACUUGGAGCAGUACCAGUUGACUGUUGACUGUCGUUGUUUUCUCCAUGGUAACUGUUGCCCAAUGGCUCUGUUCAGACGGAUCUGUUAACGACCUUCGACAGAUUUUUAAUAACAAACAGCCGCAAUUUACAAAUGACAUAACUGCCACGAACAGACAAAACGUAGCAUGAUGACCUUUUGAGUAGUAACUCCAUAAACUAGCGCUACAUACAAGUCAAAGAAGAUCAAAAUAAAUUGAUUCCGAAACAAAAGAUGAAUCAGAGAAGACUUUCCAAUCCGUGAGGUGACCUGGUGUAAUGAAGAUGGUUAAAGAGGAGAAGGAGACCUCACAGGUUGAUUCUCUGAAAAGUUCCUCACCUGAACAAACAAAUGGAGAAAAAAACGGUCAAGCAUGUACGGAGAGCAUCGAUGAAAUGAAUUAUUGGAGUGUUAGCCCCAGCAUCCUCACCCAUGGCCUUUGUCAUGUCCUCCACCUCUGCUGUGACGAGUCUGUGAGUCACAUGACCUGUGGCGAGGGCGCUGGGGGCUUCGCUAGUCUUCACAGGAGCAGUCGUGUGCAGUUCUAUUAUCCCGAUGGCCGACUACGAGAUUCGUCUUUUUGUCAAUCCCUCACCUUCCGUUAUGCCGGCCUCACCUCCACACAUCUGCCAGGCAGACUGGUCGGCUGGGGACCUGGGGCCGUUCUCACUGUACUAGAUGCAGAACUGAAUCCUCUGGUUCAUGCUGUGGAGCCCAUGGAUGUGAGGGUGUGCAAGAUUUUGGAGCACUCUAAUGAGCUUAUCACAGCUGGAGAGGGAAAUGUAUGUGUGUGGUGCCUCACACACUUGGUGUGUCGUAAACGGGUGGUGGAGGGUUUGGGGAGACAAGUUGUGUUCACACAUCUAGCACUGAUGACUAGCAGGACUGAGCAGGGCCUCAGAGCACUGGCUGCAUACGGACGCGCUGUGGUUAUGGUGGACCUUACAGAGGGAUGCAUUAUGGAGCAUAAGAAGAACCUUCAUUUAAGGGAAAUCACAGGGAUGGUCUACUGUCCACUUAGGGAUAUUGUAGUUACUGCAUCAGAUAUGACAAUCAGAGUGUGGGGACCAGACUGGGAACUUCAGAUGGCCUUUGUGGGACAUACUGCUCUUGUCACUUCUCUAGUUCUGUGUCCUGUGUCUGGCCUGUUGUUGUCAUCUUCUCUUGAUGGUACUUUGAGAUGCUGGAGACCAGAAGUUGGAGACCAGGUCCAGAUUAUAUCCAUUCCUAAUGGGUGCCCACCUCCUCUUGUCAUGGGAGGCCCGGAUAGUGCUGGCACCUUCUUCUCAUAUUCCACCAACAGUGUAGACUUCUGGACCUUCAAAUGCCUUUACAAUCUACACUGCAGGCUGGAUGGGGUCCUGAGAGGUCCUGUCCGCCAAAUCUUGACCCCACCAACCCCCCCUUCCUUCCGUGCCUGUGUAGUUUGCAUCCAUGGAAACAACGAUGUCACAGUUGUGGCAGAAACGGGUGAAGUGCUCACUAGAUUCCAAGCCAAUGGAAGAGUAAGGUGUGCUGAUUACUGUGUCCCUAAAGAGAUCUUACUGGUCCUCACUGAGGAUGGAGUGGUAACUACUGCUAGUACAUUGACCAGUCCAGUAACAGUACUGGAUGAGUGGCAUGGGAUAGAGCAUUGGGAUUGGUCAGGUGGGCAGAUGCAAGCUAAUAUAGGCAUAGUUUGCUGCAUGGUCUUAUAUAAUGAUGUUAAAGAUAUACAAAUCGGACAGGAAGAAUGGAGGUCCUUACAGAUGCAGAGAUCACAAAAACCAAAGAAGAUACAACUUCUACAUGAUGCAAAAAACAGGUUUCUGGUUAUACUGGGCCAUUGUGGUGGAUGUGUGUCUGUGCUUAAUAUGCAUUCAGGCAAAAUCCAGUUCAGGACUUCUGCUCACAACAACCAAAACCUCAGCAGCAUGCAGGCAUACCCCAACAGUGGCUACCUGCUGACUGCAGGUGAAGAUAAAGCUUUGCUAGUUUGGCGUGUGUUCCCAUGUGCUCAGCAGUGUUUGAGUCUCUAUUUCAGCGUGUUGUGUGAUCUGCCUCCGGUUUUGAUGGCACUGAUGGGAACCCAACUCACCGUCGCCUCACAAGAUCCUGAAAACGAUACUUAUAGCUUGGUACAAUAUAACUUAGAGAGCCAAAGCAGAUCUGACCAGCAACCCAAAGAAAAGCAUCACAACAACAUCACAGGCCUGUGUGCUUGUCAUCAACUGAGCAUGUUUGCUUCAAGCAGUCAGGAUGGGACUGUACGGAUCUGGGAUAUGGAAAACCACCUUCUUAGAAUUCUUCAACUGAAUGCAGAGCCGGAGUGUUUGGCUUACUGUGAAAGUGGAGACCUGCUACUGGGCAUCACCGGAGACCUCUACAGAAUCCCCCAAACACAACUACUGCCUCUAGACUGCAGGACACAAAAAUGGUAUCCAGACUCUGAAUUACUCAAAUCCUGUAUCCCAAUCAUGAGCCAUGAAUGCAGGACAGAGAGUUGCCAUAUUAUUAAAAAGGAUGGUCCUGAAAGGCAGGACAGGAUAAAAGAUCUAGACUUUGGGGCAAUUAUGGCAUUACAUAAAGAUCUGGAAUCCUUGCAAAAAGGAGAGGUUGAGUGCAGAAGGAAAAAACCAGCCAACAUAAAAUCCAAACGAGAGGCUUUCAAUAAUUACCUGGGUCUAAUCUGCAGGCGACCCCUUGAUAUAAGGAUUCCAGAAGAUAUGUUUGAUGUGUAUUCUACACUUUUUCCACCUAAACUUCCUGAGCUUCCUCCUCUGAGUCCUCCCUCCUUCACCGACGGCUUAUCAACGAGACUACAUUCUCCUAAAACACAGCAGAGCGAACUAGAUGAAGUGCACUGCUUAUAUAAUGAAGAGGAGGAGAAGAAGAAGAGGGAAGAGGCUCACAAGCAUCGCACACCCAUCGCAAAGACUCCAUCAACACAGAGGAGCCCUCUUCCUCCUUCACCAGUGGCAGACACACUCAUAUACCCUGUUGGGAUGUUUUUCUUUUUUGUGUUUGUGUGUGUGUUUAUGUUCAUUUUAGACACAUUUAGUCAAAUUACACAAAUCAUGUAGGGAUUGACUAAAUUGUAUAAAGGUCUGGUUACAUAAGUGGAAUUUUGCAGGCUUUAAAUCAAUUAAUUCAACUUUAUUUCCAGACUCAAGGUCAAUUAACAAGAAACACGCAGUACAAAACGAGACCAAUAUAAAUAAAAAAAGACAGUUAUACCAGUAUUUCCUCUUAGAGGACUGAAAUCACACUUCAGUAAGCCUAGGAUUUGACAACAACAUAUUAUUAUUACGUGAAUCAUCCAGCCGAUAAAUACAUUUGUACAUCACAUUUCUCAUUAAAGCAGGGAAUGAUUGUACUCUUGUUUUACAGAAUAAAUUACUUGCAUUUUAAGAAAAGAUUGAAAUGCUAUCACAUAACCUCUUCAUUUUGUACUCUCUUAUGUUUACAGCCACAAAAGG